UACAUUCCAACAUCACUAAUUUAUUUUGGGAUUUACUCCUUUUUUGUAUGUUUAUUCUCUUGGUAAUUCUCUGCACAAUAAUUAUUAGCGAUCACCAUCAAAUCGAUACCCGAAGCCAAGAAAUGACAUUAAAGAUGGAAAAGAAGAUGCAAAAAAAGUCCAUCAUGCGGGAUCGUAAUUACGAUUACCAGCACCACCGCCAAUUACUUCCUCGCAACAAUGACCGUCAGCGUAAGAGAUCAUCUAUAUUGAAAAGAAAAUAUUUUUCUGUAAUUUCUUCCAUAAAAAAGUCCAUAAAAAAAUGCCACCGUCGCCUCAUUGAGUUUUUCUCCAAAUUGGAGGGUGCAAAACACCGAGGGAAAGGCUUUGUUAUCCUCCAUCGGAAAGAGGCUGGCAGAUGCCAAACCAAUUUGAGCCCUAGACUUCAACUUGAAUUCAAGGAUGAUGGUGAUCUACCUAACAUUCUUGCACUGAGAGAAAAAAAUUGGACCCGGUUGCUUCCUCCAUUAGCUUCAGACAAAACGAGAACCAUCGUUCUCGAUUUGGACGAGACCCUAGUGCAUUCAAGUUCAGAACCACCUCCGGAAACAUAUGAUUUCAUGAUUAAACCAAGCAUUUAUGGUUUAAGGAUGAACUUCUACGUAUUGAAACGACCCAGGGUGGAUGAAUUCUUGGAAGCAGUCAGUAAGAAAUACGAGCUGGUAGUUUUCACCGCUGGGCUUGAGCCGUACGCCUCAUUACUGCUCGAUAUUCUAGACCCCAAGGGCUUGAUAUCUCACCGUUUAUACAGAGAUUCAUGCAAGCAAUUAGGUCGAGGAAGAUUUAUUAAGGACUUGUCGAAGAUCGGGAGAGACCUCAAACAAGUUGUGAUUGUUGAUGAUAACCCUAAAUCCUACACUUUACAACCUGCAAAUGCGAUCCCCAUAAAAAGAUUUGAAGAUGACAUAGAAGACAGGGAAUUAGAGAAGCUGACGGUGUUCUUCGAAAGGAAUUGCGAUGGUUUUAAGGACAUGAGAGAUGCGGUUAAACAAUAUUUAGAUGGCAAUGAUACAAUGAGGCAACCUUCGAGUUUAUGAGAGGCAUCCUCUGUCAUCAUUUAAGUUCAUCAAAAACGUAAAAUCAGUAAGAAUAAAUGCAUAGGCACAAAGUGGAUAGGAAGCGUUUCAAUACUUCUGUUUGGAUGAUUUUUUUUCUUUUCCAAAUUUUGCAGAAAAAUAUUACAGAUAUUUUUUCACUGUAAUAAGCAAAACCAAUUUUUUCUCCUUCCUAUUUUGAAUGACUUGUGAUGUAAUGAGACGUGUAUUUUUAUCCAACAAUAAAAAUAUUAUAAA